CUCCGCUUCCUGCGGGCCGGGGCGCUCCCGGCCCUCCGCCUCGGAGCCGGCGCCCGGCGGAGAGUGCUCGGCUGGUGCCGCCUGCACCCCGAGCCCAGCCCCUGCGGGCGGAGGCCGUCGAACCCUUCCAGAAGGAUGCUGGAGAGCGGCUGUAAGGCGGUGAAGGAGGGCAUGCUGGAGAAGAGGAGCGACGGGCUGCUGCAGCUCUGGAAGAAGAAGCGCUGUAUCCUCACCGAGGAGGGGCUGCUCCUCAUCCCCCCCAAGCACCCCCCGCCGCCGCAGCAGCAGCAGCAGCCGGCCGAGCCGGCGGCCAAGAUCAAGGAGCUUCACUUCUCCAACAUGAAGACGGUGGACUGCGUGGAGCGGAAGGGCAAGUACGUGUACUUCACGGUGGUGAUGGCCGAGGGGAAGGAGAUCGACUUUCGGUGCGCCCAGGAGCAGGGCUGGAACGCGGCGAUCACGCUGCAGAUGGUGCAGUACAAGAACCGCCAGGCCAUCCUGGCCGUGCGCUCCACCCGGCAGAAGCAGCAGCACCUGGCGGCGCCCCACGGGUCGCGGCUCCGCGGCGCCUCCAACUCCGCCUAGCGCAGGUCACGGUCACGGAGCGCUGCCGAGGAGAGGGACAGAGCGCGUUCGUGGCGGACCUGCCCCAGGGGCUCAGAAACUGGGCGGACGCCGGAGGUGCGGGUAGAGCGGAGAGAAGCGGCUCAAGAGCCCGAACCUCAGCCAGCUGCUGCUGCUGCUUUGCCGCCCUCGGUGCCGAGAAGCAUUUCAAAUCCAUUAUUUAUGAACCUUGGAAAGGAUCCUUUGGUGUGAUGGGACUUCUAGGAGACAUGAUGUACUGUAACUUUAUUUUAAUGUAUUUUAUCUUAUUUAUUAGGGUUGUUUUCUUUUGGUUUUGUUUUCCUUUUUUUUUUUUUUUGUUUUGUUUAAGGCUUAUUUGCAAGACAUUUCUGAAUGUAGGCCAUAUCAAGAAAGUAAAGGAAAAAACCAAUAUGCAUGUAAGCUCCCUAAAAGAAUGGAGAAGUUCUGGGUACUUUGACUGUGUGCAAUUUGACAAAAAGUUAUUAAUCUUUUACCCAAAAUACACUAUAUUCCACCAGCAUGGAAAAUGUGAUGCGUGUUUCAAAAUUUGGCUGAAACCUGUACUGCAUAUGAAACAUAUUUUCUCUAAUGAGAACAAAAAUUAUAGACUGGGGCUUAAUUGAUUUUUUUUUUAAUAUUAAACGUAGUGGAAGAUGAUAAAACGUUAUUCAUGCUUGGCUAUUCAAAAAAGCAAUGUUGCUUGUCAUUCUGGGAUUGAAACCAACCUGUUUAGUGUAUGAGUGGAAGGAAUCUGACCAACUUCUUUUGUGAUACAGGAAUCUGAGUUGGACUCCAGCAAUCUGUGUGGUGUGCUUGCUCCUAGGCUGGUGGGCCAGGCCUGGGAAGUGUUCAUGAAUGUUUCUUAGCUUCCAAGUCCAGGGCUCCCUCUGCACGCUCAGUUUUCAGAGUGAUCUGGACUCUCAACCUGUGUUGCAUUUUCAUGGCGGUUUUUUAAUGUCUUGCAUUAAAGCAGUCUGUAGUUUAAAAUUUUAUGUAUGUUUUAGCGUGCAAAUGGAUUAUUUUGGUCACAGUUUUUAUAAGCUGAAAGUUGCUCUCUAGCUGAGAUGAACUAGAUUAAUUUUGGUGUUUAGCACUGUCAGAUGUUGAGAGAGGCGUGCCAUCUUGCCUCUAAAAACGUUGACGAAGCCAUGAAGUUGGAAAACAAAGGGCUAAUUGCACAGCUGGUGUGUGUUUCUCUGCCUCGUAGAAGUCAGUGGGGUUGGGCUGCCGAUGCCGGCCGGAGCUCCUUGCCCGGUGCAGAGGAGGCCGUCGGGCACGGGCAGUGACAUCUCCAGGACAGGGCCCUUCUGACGGUGGCUGCCUCACCUCGGGUGCUGCCGCCGCCCAGGUUCUCGGGUUUAAAUGAAAGGGGGAGGCUGCAAUGGGACAGAGCCAUGUGGCCCAUUAUCUCUGGUCCAAAGUAAAAUGUCAAAGCCAUGGAGAUAUUUAUUUUAGCUAGUGUGGUGAGGAAAAUGGCUUUUGGCCCCUUUACAAUUUACAUUAAUAUAAACAAAAUCUUUUAAAGCUACACAUCCAACGCUUUUGUGUAAAUGAGCAAGAGCCUCAGAUUCUUGGUGCAAGCUUGUUUCUGUCAGUGUUUAAAGCAAAAAGCUGAUGUGAUACUCAAAGGGAGAUGUUAGAAUUCACUAUGGUGUCCAUCGGUCCCUUCCUCUGCACUCUAAGAUUAAGUCAGUCCUGGAAGGGAGUAAGUUGAGGUCUGUGCUAGCCCUUGUCUUUUGUUCCCUCCUCCAGGUGUCAGGGUCAGAGAUCUGGACAAGUAAAGCAUGCUGUGGUGCAGAUCAAAGCCCCGACAAUGCUCUGUAGUUACUCCUGAGCGCUUAUUUUCAACCUGGCUCUGGCCAGGGCUGCCUGGUGAACUUGGGGUGGUGGAUUACAGCUGUCCUAACUAACUAAAUCACUAUUCGGCCAUUAAUUGAAAUCGAAGGUGCCCCUCAUCUUCUAGGAUUAGGUUCGCUGGCUUGGCAAUCAUAACACUGAAUUUCCACUUCUCUGUACAUCUGCCAUUAUCAUUCUGCUAACGCUUGGAUGUUAGAGCUGCAAGGGGAUUCUCUAAUGAGCUAGUCAGAGACUCACAAAAUAGACUGUAAUUUGGCUCCUCUCUUUACAGUGAUUAACAACAGUUUACUGAGAAACUAAUCCACCUUUUCAGGUAUACAGAUGUAUUGCUGAUCUCACCUACUAAAAUACAUUUUAGCCUACUGAAGGAUAAAUGUAACUGAUGAGAAUUAAUUCCUAUUUGAUCAGAGACACAUGUAUUUCUCUGAGAGAGGCAGUUAUUCUUGUCCUCGGUGGAUGCAAGCCUCUAUAUGCCACAAAAGUCUGUGGAUGUAGUCUAAAGCUGAAAUUUUACUGUUCUUCUGGAAGUACUUGUACUUUGAAAGCUAAAGAUGAUCAUUUUAGUGAGAAAAUUAACAUUAAGGUAUGAGGAAACUACAUUCAUUUCAAAUUUGCUAUUCUUUUUCACUGGUUAAAGUCAAUACCCCGCUUUCAUGUUUCUUGUUUUAGGUUGGUCUAAAGGAGGAUCUGAAAACCUUUUGGACUGAUGUAGUUCAACAAACUUUUGUUCUUUGUCAUUGCCUGCUGUGUUACCUGUUUGGAAACUUUGGUGUCAGCCAGCCUCCUAGUGUGAGAGGUGGUCACAUCACAAAAUCUACCUUGAUACCUCCAGCCUGAGUGGGUGGGAUGGGUGUAAGGAUCAGACUUUUCCCUCGUGUCUCCGAACUGUCUCCUGGAAACUGAAUGGGAACAAAUUGGCUGGGGUUCCCCGGGGACAGAUGGACCAUGUGGCUCAUGCCCUGUCAGUGUAAAUAAGGCUAAAUUGUCUGAUGGGGACAGUCUGACAGCUUUCUCACGCUUUGAAUUCCAUGGCGUGUGGGGAUUUUAGGGCUUUGGGGUUUUGUUUUGUUGUUUUGUUUUGGUUUGGUUUACUUUUUUUUUUUUCCCUUGACUGAUAGUAAUUUUAGACCAAGAAAUUGUUUGAUGUUAUAAGGUACUUCUGGGGAUUUUUUCAUCUUGCCCCUCUGUUACUACAUAGUCUUCAUUUGAACAUCUGGAUUUAAUACUGUUACUGCAUUGUAAGCAAUGGCUAUGAAAAUGGGUUCAGCACAGCAUGCUCCAUCUUAUUGGAGCUUUACAGAUAAAUAAAUUAAGUUGUCCUUCCUCUUCCAAAAAAAAGAAAAAACCCGGAAAGCAAUCUGACAGCACAUGGCUGAAGUAAAUUCAUUACAGAAUAAACAAAAAUGCUGGUAAAACAUACACAGGCAAAUGCUUGAUAUAGAUAGCAAAAGUGGGAACAGCAUUCAUAAAAAGGUUAAAAUUACUUGUUGUAAUAAAAAAGAAAAAAAGUAAUCAAGGGGUGGAUUUAGCAAGAAAAUCCAAGCUGUGACCAAGACAAUUUAGGUACUGGGGGAAAAGGAAGAUCAAGUGGAUGCUGUUUCUGUGACAUCCUGAAGUAAUUCCUCUUUUUUAAGGUUCAUGGUAUUCAGAUGCCAACUUCUGAAUUAUAGCUGCAGUGAUGUACAAAAUGUUUUCUAGCAUAUCCUCUUGUGAGCAGAAAUACCAGUGUCGUCAAAAAAAAUUUGUGUGUAAAUAUGACUCAUAAAUGAUUUCUGAGAGAUGUGAUUUAUUUUUCAUAUUUUUCAAGAUACAUUCCAUUUCAAAUAAAGAGGUAUCUAUUGAAAGAGCUCUCAAUAUGUUGGAAGAAUGGUUGUUUGGUGGGCUAUUUGUGAUGAUUAAAGCCUGGUAUAAGCUUUUCCAAUGUCUUAAGCUCAGUCUAAGAGCCUAAGAGGAACACUUUGAACCUGGGUAGGUACUCUCUGAAGACCCACUCAGAUGCUCCAAUUAAUCUUUAUAUAUAUAGCACCAUGAUGAGAUUGAGUCCUCAGUUUUGCUUCUUGCAGUGUGUGAUGUGUGAACGCCCACACCAAGUGUAGCUGAUUUCUGUAACACGCCGUGUCACAGUCCAUGUACAGCAGGCCUUUGGGGCACAGAAUUCAGGCUCAUCACUGUCACCUGUAAAAAUGCCGUGCUCUGUGUGACAUUAGGAGGCCUUAAAUGUGCCUUGUUUCUCUUUUUCUCAGAUCUUAAGCACUAUGAUUGAAUUGCAAGUAACCUGAAAUUAAUCCAGAAAAAAAACACUUCCACCAUCUGGCAUAAACUCUGACCUGUUCUUUUCUAGCUUCAUGGGAAAAGAAAUUAGGUGUAACAAGAAACAUGUGCUGCUCUGGGCUCUCUGUAGUGCUGCAGCUGCUCAGAUGUCUUGGACUCCCCUGAUAUGUAUUUGUAUGGCAGCAGGUCCUCAUUUCCAAGCAUCUGCUGAAGGUGCAUUACUUUCAGGGACACAGGGUGCAUUGACCUAGACAUGUUGGUGCUGUUUGCCUUCACUGGGGAGAUGUCAGUAACCUCUUCCAUAAGAAGGCUUUUAUUGUAAAAAGUACAAGUUCUCUUUUCAAUAGCAAACACCCUAAAAUAUAGGCAUUUGAACUUAAUAUUGAUAUGCAAAUUAUAGCUUCAAGAUCUGACCUCUUACAAGUGCUGGUGCUCAGCAGCUUUGAAAAGUCAGUUAAGCAUCUCUAAAUUUAUUAUCUAUUCAAGGACCCACUGUUCCUUACAGCUGUUGGAGGUAUCCCUUAUAAGCUUUUAAUAGCAGUGGUAAGUGUCUUUGUAAGGACAUAAAUAUAGAACAAGAGUUUUAUAAUUGGUGGUUGUUUCUGCUCCAGCAUCAGUGGUGAUAUCUUCACAAAGGUACAUCAAUACAUGCUUCUCUGCUUUAACUUUUGAUUAAGAGGAUGUGAAAUAAGACUGCUUAUGUAAUUGUGGUCCAUAUGAAAUGGUCCUAGAACAUAGGUCAUUAUUUUCCUAGCAGGGGAUGUUGUCUUAUUAGCAUUUUCUCUUAAGUUUUUUCUCAUCUGAAGUACAAUGUGGGGUACAGAGAAAUUAUCUGGAUCUGAUUCAAAGUUCAUUGAAAUCAACUAGAAUUUUUCCAGAUUGGGACAGAUGUUGGCCUUUUUCACAAAUGGUGGCUGCUUCUCUUUUGUUUUAAAACCCCAGAAGCAAGACCUUUGCCUAUGAUCUGUGUCAGUAUUGAUGGUGUGUGAUUAGGGUAACACUGACAUUCUGCCCUUUCAUAUUUCCCAAUUAAAUGACGGGGAGAGGAAGUUGAAAUAGUGCCUAUGCUUUUUGAGCAAAACAAAAUACAAAGGAAGGCCAAUCUAAAUGUGUGUGUGUCCUCCUUCCCCCAGAUGAAAUCUAGACCAGAAUGUAAUUUCACUGAAUUCACAGCACACCUCAAACUGAACUAUUUUCUUUGUAAUUGAACCCAAACCAUAAUUCAGUAAAAGCCUUUACUCCUCUGAGUGCUUGUUUCUAUCAGGAACAACUCAGUCCUUUUUAGAAAGUGCCAAAUUACUUCCACACUUAUCCACAUUUAAAAAAAAAAUAAAAUUAACCAUCAUAAACAUUUUCAGCCUAAGUCUUUUAUAAAUUUGAAAUAAGUGUUAAAAAAAUAAAAGUCAUGAACAGUA